AAUGGUUUAUCCUGAAACUCAAGAGAGUGGGAUUUCAGAUAUCCGAUCCUAUAACAGCACGGACGAAGGCGAAUCAAGUCCCCUUGUGAAUAAAGAUGAUAAUUUUCAGGAAAGAAAAAUCAUAAAACCUAAAAGGACAUUUAUCGUUGAGCCAUUGAUCAUUAUGGUUUUCGUUGGUUGCUAUUCUACACCUGUAAUAACAAAUCAGUUCGUAAAUUCGGUAUUAACUUCUCCAUCAAAUUCAACAGAAAACCAAACAUGUCAAAAAAAUUACGAAAAGGAUAAAGGUCAACAAAAGUCAGCUGAGUUUAUGUUAGGGUUGAGUUUAGUUCAAAAUAUACCGGCUAUGUUUAUAGCUCUCUUUAUUGGACCCUGGAGUGAUCGAAUUGGUCGAAAACCAAUUAUGUAUAUCUCUAUGAUAGGGGCUCUCUGUGACUCUUUGAUAACUGUGUUAGUUGUAUCACUAAAAUUAAAUAUUCUAUAUUUAUAUAUUGGAAAAACUAUUUAUGGUUUAUUUGGUGGGAACAAUGGAUUAACUCUUGGGGCUUUCUCUUAUAUAGCCGAUAUUACUGAUACUGAUCAAAGAAGCUUGAAAAUAAUUACAGCUGAAGGUUUGAUGGCUCUCGUUGCUGGAGCUGCUCAAAUAGGAAUUGGAUAUUGGAUUAAAAGUACCAAUUUUUCUCAACCUUUUUUCGCUGUGUUUUCUAUUUAUUUCUUAUCCAUGAUCUACCUAUUCUUCUUUGUACCUGAAACCAUUUAUUCCCCAAAAGGGACCAAUAAACUCAAAGACUUAUUCAACUUAAAGGAUUCCAAGGAGGGAUUUAAAUUAUUUCUUAUGUCUGGUAGAAGAGGAUGGGUGCUGAGAUUACUCACAGCUGCCUUUCUUUGUAAUUAUAUGGUAUUCGUUGGACGAAACGAUGCAAAUACUUUAUUUAUGAUGAGUGCCCCACUGUGUUGGAAUUCAGUGGAAAUAGGCAUUUUCAGUGGUGUUACUAUAAUGCUCGUUAUAAUUUUAGGCAUAGUGUGGGCAAAGAUCUUUAGGACAUGUUGUUCUCUACGUCUUUCUACAAUGUCUCUUAUUGGAAUAAUAUCUUCAGCUCUAAUGCAACUUGUGCAAUCAGUUUCUACGAAGAGUUGGAUGAUGUUCAUAGCACCAUUUAUAGGCAGUGGGACUUUCAUUGGGUUUCCUCUAAUCAGAGGAUAUCUCUCACUCCUUAUAUCUAGAUUUCACCAAGGAGCUUUAUUUUCAGUUGUCAGUUUCAUAGAAGCUAUUGCCCAGUUAGCUUCGACAAGCCUAUUUGAUGUGAUUUAUGCCAAAACUGUACAUGUCUUUCCUGGAUUUGUCUUUCUAGUAGCCAGUUUGUUUUGCCUUGUUGGAGCUGUUUUUAUUGCAAUUGUUAGGUGUUUAGAAAUUAAUCAUAUGGAUGAAAUUCUUAUGAAUGAAGAAAAUGAAGAAAUAACUGUCGAUGCUUGA